CCACAGGAUCACGAAAUCGUAACGGGGGCACUGGGUUACGCCUACCGUGGCUACAACAAGGUGCUGCUCGCCCUGCAUACCAUCGAACCCCAACAUGCCGGCACCUACGUCUGCGAGGCCUCCAAUACAGCGGGUGUGGACUCUGCUGCCAUCAGGAUUGUUGUAGAGAACCAAAGAAGACCGCCGCCAGUAACAGAGCAGCCACACACGGAUGAGAUCUUGAGUGAAAUUGCUACUUCCCUGAGUGAUGUGAUAGCUGAGGGAGAGUGUAAGUGUGACACGAUGUUCUUCCUUCAUGUCUCAACGGAUGCCACUGACCAGACACUUCCAGCUCAGGCCAACCUGGUACACACCAUUGCUGACCAAAUAAUUUCAACGACAAACCGGGUGAGUGUGAUGACGUACUCAGACUACACACAAUCCAAGCUGUCUUUUGGAGAAGGUACAAAUAAAUGUGCCUUGAAGAAUGCCUUCAAAGACCUCACACACCAAAAGUGGCCAACCCGCCUUGAGAUGGUGCUGCGGGAAGCUUUCAAGAAGUUCAAGAAGUCCAAGUCGAACUGCAAAGUCCUGUUCCUGCCAGUGUUUGGCAGUGCAGGAACAGAAGGCACUGAUAAAGCUGGUGCACAGCAUCUCAAGAAACUUGGAGUGAAAAUCUUCAUUUUGGAAGUUACUCCACAACCCAUAGAAGGAGUAAGAGAGAUGGCAUCCAAGCGUGGCGACGGCAACCCCUACCACUGGCAUGUCCCACAGUACAUCUGGCCCACCAUUGUCAUGAACAUGAAGUACAUUGCUGAGGAAGUGGUGGGCUGCGAGGGAGAGGAGGAGGACAUCCCUGGGGUGUGUGUGGGUGCUGACAGUCCCUGCACCAAUGACUUCAUGUGCCGCGGUGUGGGAUACGGCUGUGAGGCCGGCCGUUGUGUGUACAAGGAGUGUAACAUAAACCCCAGAGAGCCAGGAUGCUGCAGCGAUAGCAGUCCAGUCAACCGCUUUUGGUGCGGGGAUGUGACUGGCCAGUGCACCACCCGCACCAAUAUGUGUGAUGGAACUGUGCAGUGCAUGAAUGGUGCUGAUGAAGGACAUUGCUGGUCCAAGCCUUGCCCUCGAGACAAGAUUGCCCGCUGCCAAACGAGCACAUUAUGUCUCGACUUGAUGGACUUGUGUAAUGGAGAGCCAGCCUGCCCUGGAGGAGAGGAUGAAGAUCCUCGCUUCUGCAGGUCCUUCCCUUGUCCCAGAGACAGACCCUUCAGGUGCCGGAGUGGGAAAUGCAUUCCCAAGGAGAGCCUCUGUGAUGGAGUGUUCAAAGACUGUGAUGAAGGGGAUGAUGAGUUCUUUGAAUUCUGCAAGAGUGUCCAUGUUUGCCCCUCAACCCGUUCCUUCAAGUGUGACUAUGGAAAAUGUAUUUCUGAGAGGAUGGUGUGUGAUGGAACAUUUAAUUGCCUUGACGCAACAGAUGAACUGGUAUGUGACAGAAAACACUGUCCUGCUGAGCGACCCUUCAAGUGCUUAAGCGGUCUUUGUAUCAGCAUGGAUCAGGUUUGCAAUGGUGUCAUAGAUGGCUGUGAUGAUGGAUUAGAUGAGCAGAAUUGCACCAACAUCCUCUGUCCUCCUAACAGGAACUUCAAAUGUACCAAUGGAAUAUGCAUUGAUGGGGGUCUGCUAUGUGAUGGGAGGAAUGACUGCAGUGAUGGCACUGAUGAGCAGAACUGUCCCUCGCCCUCACCACCACCACAAGUGACGUCUCCACCCACAUGUCCACCCAACAUGUUCACUUGUGACAAUGGCAUCUGCAUAGAUGAGUAUCGGGUAUGUGAUGGAAGAAAUAACUGUUUUGAUGGUGAGGAUGAGAAGAACUGCCACGCGCUAGAGUGUCCAGCGAGCCGGUCUUACCGUUGCAAGGACGGCUCCUGUGUGCGACCCUGUGACGACUUUGAGGACUGUCAUGAUGGUUCGGAUGAGAUCAACUGCACUCACACCGAAUAUGAUGACAAAGACUAUGAUGAUUAUUUUGUGACAGAGGAUGAGCAUGACAGUGAGUCCAAGACAGAGGGACCACCACCUAUGACCAUCCCUGCCACCACUACUACCACCACCACCACCACUACCACCACCACUCCUUCUGUCACAAAGAAGACUAAACCCAAGAAGGAAAAGGAUGAAGUGGAGACUGUGAUAGAUGAUGAAACAAGUCAUGAAGAUGAAACAUUCAUUGAGUCAGUACCUGAAGAGACACCAACAGAACUGGAGGUGGCACAGAAUGAUAUGCAAGAUAAGGACAUGGAGGGAGUUGAAACCAUGCUGGAGACUGUGGAGGGAAGAGAACCAGCAGCCUCUAGUGAGCAGGAAGCAGCAGGCAGCACCCAUGUGGCCCCUACUGGCAUCCUUGUCUUGACAUCUCUAUACAUCAUCAAUUUGUGCACUGUUUGGAUGAGGUGAAGUUCCAUCUCAAGUGUGAUCCACAGUUGGUUUGGGUGAUAGAGACUAUCAAAGCGUGAGGAUAACAAAGCACCAGAUGUCUAGGAAUACUUGAUGUUCCCUGAGUAGACAACCAGUUUUGUAAUUAGAAUAUUCUUGUGAUUUACUGUGUGAGAGUUAAGUCAGUGAUUUUGUGGGAGUUGGAGCCACAUGAGGAAACAUGAUUCAUGGUGGCAGCAGGUGAUCCAGGAAGGCUGGAUAAGUUCAUGCUUAGAGUGACUUGAGUGGUUGACUGGAAUCAGGAAAGUAAAAAUUAUGUUGUUAUCUCCUUAAUAACAAUUUAGAUUUCUAAUAACAAAUACAAUGGAUUCUUAAUAAUCAAAGUAUGAAUACAUAGAAAGAUUUAGAUUGAGGUAUGUCUUUAAAAAAAAUUUUUAUUGUAUGUAAUGAAUUAUUUAUUUCCAUGACUUAUCUGAAUUUAUCAGCUUUAUACUGGCAAUUGUUUUGUCUUUAUGAUAUAAGCAACAUCUUUUAUGUAUUUUCACAUUGAAAAUAACAUAAUCAUACAUAUCGUUAGGUUCUCCGUCAAAUAUGUUCAUUAAAGGUAAAUAUAAUAGACAAGACAGAUGUACAAUGGCCCCCCCAAAGAACAUUAGAGCUCUGGGAUGCUGAAUUGAUACCAAAGCAUUAGUCCUGUAAGGCCCACUGAGUUCCUUGGGGCUCAGGAGAAUGUAAAUUGCAUUACUUUGUAACAGACUUAAAUCUUAUUGUAUUUACUCAUUCAUGCUGCAUUAUCAAACACAUACAUCUCUAGAUAAAUUUGCAUCAGUUACGGUUCUGCUGAUGAUUGAAAGUGAAGUAGUAUGAACCUUCAGUUUUGUUGACAAUUAAGAUUAAACAGACACAGGUAACGAUCAUCAACAGACACCCUUGACCGCCACCACCAGUGUUACCUCAAGUCUGUCCGGUACUUACCGCAAGCUGCCACGUCCCAUCACUGAGAUCCCCUACAGAGCUGGAUACUCUGUACAUUGAUAGAAGUAGACUUAUAAAGAAAUUCAUGUAUAUUUUUCAAAGUUAAGCAUAAUAUAGUGACGUUGGCAAGAUCUGAAAAACUGGUGAUGGAAAUUGUGGUUAUUCAAGCAGAAGAAAUGUUUAGUUAGUAAUAUUCCCAUGUCUUUUUUAUGAAAUUCACAUCACUAAAAGUAUAAAGUAAAAUAUAUUGGGAAACUAUAUAUAUAUAUAUAUAUAUAUAUAUAUAUAUAUAUAUAUAUAUAUAUAUAUAUAUAUAUAUAUAUAUAUAUAUAUAUAUAUAUAUAUAUAUAAACCACCACUUGAUGAAGGAGGGUUGUAAACAGCUGUAGAUAUUCUUGUGGCUCAGCUCCUGCGAGUCAUAUUUUGCUUUAGUUAUAGUGUAGUUACUCCUGAAGCUGGUCACGAGCACAUCCUUGGAGGCACGUGGUACACACCAAACAAACACACUACUCAUACCACCCUGGCCUCUUGGGUAAACCCAUAUUUGCCACAGGUGAGAUUUUGUGCCUAGGAUUCACAGGUGCAGUGUUGACUUGCAUAUGGGUGACUGCUGGGUUUCUGUGAAUAUUUUCUGUCUAUACUGUUGUGCAGCAGUCAUCAGCUGCCUUGCAGAGCCCAUCACAGCCACCCUGUCAGGGACAUGUAGUGAGACUCAUUGAUUGAUUGCAUACAGACCUGGCAUGCAUCCACCAAACAAGAAAUCAUUUUAGAUUUUUUGUGUUGAAAUAUCUAUGUACACUUAAUAUACUAUGUAUUUGGAAACUAAUUCAUUCACACCUUAUCACUCCAGACCAAUUAGAUUACUGACUCAAGUAUAUCACAAGUAAAUGAAUCCAAAAUCCUCCACAGCAUUGCCAGCACAUCCUGACAGGGAGCAGUGAGGGUCCAUUCAGUGGCUAGGUGGGAGAGCAAAAUGCCUUUACUGUUUAUGAAAUGUCCAAUCAAAUGCAGUGAUAUAUAUUUUUGGCAGAUUCAGUGAGGCACUUGUAUAUUUUUUAUAUAUUUAAAAUGAUUACAGGUCUCUCUGAAUUGUAAUCCAAAUUUCUGUAUGUGUGUAAAGCACUUAAUAGACUUUGUAGAUGUCCAGCUUUGAAUAUGACACUAUUGCUACCCUCCAAUCUGAAGUUAGAUAAGAAAUCUCAAUAAUGAAAAUAAAAAAAGAUACAAGA